CUUCUUGUCGUUCAAGCUAUCCAAGGCUCGAUCAAUCUAAAGGGCCUUCCACGGGAUGUCAAGGCUAAGGCCGAAUUCCAAGUACUCCACUGGCCUUCUAUCACGAUCCAGAAAACGAUCUCAAGACAAACCAUGGUGAACCUCUCCUGGAUCUACGGCCAUGCAAAAACUACCUGGGCGCAUCCAACUAGCCCCAUCCAACUAACUACAAAAUCUGGCGACGAAGUUUCCCUGUCCGAAUUCUGCAAAGCCACAGUACCAGAAUGCCACCUAAACCCCCUCCUCUUCAACGGCCAUCUCCAAACCUGCUACACAGCUAUCAAAGAAGAAGGACCAGCACUCACCUACAAGCGCAAGACUUUUGAAUCCGACGAUGUCAACUACCCAGGCCAGUUCACCGUGGAUUUCGUGGCCCGUGAAUCAAGUCCGAAGGAUGACACGCUGCCAAAGCGUACAACGUACUACUCUGAGAAAGAGCUAGAGCAAAUUGGGUCUUUGGACAGCAAACCUAUGAUUAUAGCUCUCCACGGACUUAGUGGGGGCUCGCAUGAGCUUUAUCUAAGACAUGCAAUAGCCCCGCUGUUAACGCCGGAAGCUGGUUGGGAGGGUUGUGUGAUCAAUGCAAGGGGGUGUGCCAUGUCGAAGUUGACGACGGAUAGGCUGUUCAAUGCUCGAGCUUCUUGGGAUGUUCGGCAAUUAGUGAAAUGGUUGCGGGUGAAGUUUCCGAAUAGGCAGCUGUAUGGGAUUGGGUUUUCGCUAGGGGCGACUAUCUUGACUAAUUACGUUGCGGAAGAAGGCGCAAGUUGUGAGCUCAAAGCUGCAGUGGUCAUAUCGAGUCCCUGGAAUCUGGAAGUGAGCAACAUAGUGUUGCAAUCGACAUGGGUUGGCCUCAAUCUGUAUUGUAGAGUUUUAGGAGGCUCUGUCUUAAAGUUGUUUGAGAUUCACUCAGAACAGAUCCUCAAGAAUCCCUUGAUCGACGAGAAGAAAGUAAGAAGCAUACGUUUUUUGUACGAGUUCGACAGAUACGUACAAGGACCAACCUGGGGCUACCCUACUGAAGGAGCAUAUUACCGCGAUGCAUCAUCAGUGGAUGCAUUGAAUAACGUCAGGAUACCGCUCCUUGCCAUCAACGCACAAGACGAUCCGAUUGCUUGCAACGAAGCCAUACCAUACGAAGAGUUCAAGCUGAACCCGUACGCAGUGUUGUGUGCUACGUCGAUGGGUGGCCAUCUCGGAUGGUUCCAGAUCGGAGGCAAGAGAUGGUUUGCUCAGGCGGCAACCGAUUUCCUGAAAAGGUUCGAGACCGAUGUCGAUACAGCUGCAACUGCAACAAAAAACCCCGCGCUAAAUAGCAAUGCUGUGACCUUGGGGAAAGGCCCUCGUUUUGAUCCCUUACGCCGAAGGUUGCAUGACCCAGCAAUAGAGCCAUGAUGGCACUUGCGGACUCCCAAACACCCAUAUAGACUAGGUAUCUUUUCAACCAAAAGACACCUUCUUCAUCUUCCCUUUUGCCUUUGGCGGGGCACUAAAGGCACUCUCAUCAUCUUUUUUAGGAGCUGAUUUCUUGUUUCGCUUCUUGCGGAGCGAAUCCUUGGUUUCCUC